GGAAAUUUUACACACCUGUUAAGUGCUGUUCAGUAGUUAAAAGAGCCGCACAAUGACCGAAACGGAGGUACAAUCAUCCGCUGUUACGGAUGUGAAGAAAGCCGAGAAUGAUGAAAAUAACGCCCUGUCUGCGACAGACGCAGCCAUCAUUCGCCAGCUUGAGUACUAUUUUGGAGAUGCUAACUUGGGUAAAGAUAAAUUCAUGAAGGAUCAAAUCACGAAGGACGAUGGUUGGGUGCCGCUGGAUGUGCUGCUUACGUUCAAGCGCCUGAAGGCCCUCAGCGAGGAUAAGGUGGUAAUCGCGGAUGCGAUCGCUAAGUCCGACGAAGGUUUGAUCGAGGUCAGCGAAGAUCGCGAGAAGCUGCGCCGUCAUCCGGAACGUCCGCUGCCGGAGAUGAACGAGGCAACGCGCAAGGAGCUGUACGCUCGCACGGUGUACGUGAAGGGAUUCGCGCCCCAGGAUGGCACCACUUUGAGCGAGUUGGUCGAGUUUUUCCAACCAUAUGACAAAGUGACAAACAUCGUGAUGCGAAAGUAUCUCGACAAACCGUCCAAGAAGUACCUGUUCAAGGGCAGCGUGUUUGUCUCCUUCACCAACACGGAACAGUGCGAAAAGUUUUUGGGUCAGCAACCGCUCAAGUACAAGGGCAAGGAGCUGAUUUGCAAGAUGCAAAACGACUACUACGAAAUGAAGCGCACUGAAUUAAAAGAGCGUGCGGAAAAAAUUGAACAGCGACGGCGCAAGAAGGAGGAAACCAACAACGCUCAUCUUUCGCAGCUACCUACCGGUGCGUGCGUUUUUCUGGAAGGGCUGGGCAAAGAAACUACCCGUGAAACGAUGAAGGAAGCGAUUCGCGCAUUAGACGAUACCCUAGAGUUUGCUUACAUCGAUUUUCAAAUGGGCGACAGCAGCGGUUACGUCCGCUUCAACAAGCAAGAUGCGGGCAAACAGUUUCUCGAGAAGCUAACGGACAAAAAGAUAAAAAUCGAUGAUUCAGAAGUGUCGGCUGACCUGCUCGUGGAGGAAAGGGAAACCGAGUACCUCAAGAAAGUAGCGGAGGAACAGGCCAAACGUAAAGCAUUCGCGAAGGGCAAGGGUAGAGGAAACCGUGGAUUUAACAACCGCAACAACCACUCCGGACACAAGCGAAAGCGAGACAACAGGGACGAUGAGCAGAGCAAGAAAGAUGAACCACCGGUGAAGAAGGACACCGUGGAAAAGGACAAAAAGUCAGCUACAGAAAGCGAGGCGAAGUCUGCCGAAUAGAUGCGUUACGUACUAAGCAAGCGUACGCAUUAGGACGUAAUUUUAUCUACAU